AUGAUUCUCCAGCCUUCUUCUAGAGCUAUUCUAAUGGUGUUUUUUAUGGUUAUCUUCUUAGUCUCACCAUUAUCUUUAUCUUCUUCAUCAUCAUCGGAAACCAUUGAAAUUUUGUUGAUGAUUAAGAAUUCAUUUGAGGAAGAUCCAAGAAAUGUUACUAGUGAUUGGUCGGUGGUUAGUAAGCCAGAUUUCUGCACAUGGAGGGGAAUUUCUUGUGGGAUGAGUUCACCCAAUGGUUCAGUCCGAGUUGUGGGUUUGAACUUAUCAGACUCGUUCCUCACCGGAGUAAUUCCGCCGGCGAUACAACAAUUAACUGAUUUGAUCAAUAUUGAUCUGUCUUCCAAUCAACUAUCUGGUUCUAUUCCAACAUUUCUAUCAAAAUUAUCUUCUUUAGAAAGUCUGUUUCUAUUUUCGAACCAACUCACCGGACAAAUUCCACCGGAGAUUGGAUCAAUGAAGAAACUUGAACUCCUUAGAUUGGGUAACAACAACCUGACUGGAUCGAUUCCUGCAACGUUUGGGGAUUUGGUUAAUCUGGUCAUUCUUAGUUUUUGUCGAUGUAAACUCAGCGGCGAAAUUCCGGCAGAGCUUGGCCGGCUUAGCAGAUUGAAGCAACUGGAUUUACAGUUUAAUGAGCUUGAAGGUCGAAUUCCACCUGAGAUUGGGAAUUGUUCAAGUCUACAAGUUUUGAACGUUGAAAGCAAUGGUAAACUCAAUGGAACUAUUCCGGCGGAACUUGGUUUGCUCAGAAAUCUCAUUAAACUCAAACUUGAGUUCAAUUCUUUCACCGGAGAGAUCCCGGAGCAAUUGGGUAAUAUCGGGAAUCUUUCACACUUGAGUUUAAAUGGAAACAAACUUCAUGGAUCAAUCCCAAAAUCGUUGGCUCAGUUGGGUAAUCUUCAAACUCUGGAUUUGUCAACAAACUUGCUCACCGGAGAAAUCCCGGAGGAAAUUGGGAAUAUGGGUAAGCUUGUUUUCUUGAUUUUAUCAAAUAACAGUCUUUCCGGUACCAUACCCAGAAAAAUAUGUUCAAAUUUAACGAAUCUUCAAGUGAUGUUUCUAUCUUUAAAUAAACUUUCCGGCGAAAUUCCGGCGGGGAUAAAGGAUUGCCGGUCUAUCAAACAGGUUGGUUUGUCUGGUAAUGAAUUAACCGGUUCGAUACCAUCGGAGAUUUAUGAUUUGAUUCAGAUCACUGAUCUUAUUCUACAUAACAACACAAUGUCAGGAUCAAUUUCUCCGGCCAUCGGAAAACUGACAAAUUUGACAUCAUUAACGUUGUAUAACAACAACUUUAAUGGUCAUCUUCCAAAAGAGAUAGGAAUGCUUCAAAAUCUCAUGAUUUUCUAUCUAUAUGGAAAUCAAUUCACCGGUGAGAUUCCGGCGGAGAUAGGAAACUGCACCAGCCUGCAAAUCAUCGAUUUCUCCGGCAACGCUUUCACCGGACAAAUCCCCAUCACUAUUGGAAACCUAACAGGGUUGAGUCAACUUUCCUUGAGAGACAACAAUUUAUCCGGCGAAAUUCCGUCAACUUUUGGACAACCCUCCGGCCUGCCGGAACUAGCAAUACUAGAUUUGGCAAGCAAUCGACUCUCCGGCGAAAUUCCGGCAAGUUUUGGACAAUUCAUCAAUCUGAUGAAUUUGAUGCUUUACAACAACUCUCUUGGAGGUAAUCUUCCUAUCGAACUUUCCAAUCUACUAAACUUAACGAGGAUUAAUCUGUCGGAUAACAUUUUCAAUGGAACCAUAAUUUCAUUAUGUAAAAUCCCAACGUUAAUGUUUUUAGAUGUCAAAAACAAUGGUUUUCACGGCGAAAUCCCGUCUGAAUUGGGAUCUAUGUCGCUUCUUACUUGGGUCAGAUUGGGGAACAACAAAUUCAAAGGAAAGAUUCCGGCGAGUUUGGGACAGUUGAAAGAACUAGUUCUUUUAGAUCUUUCAAACAAUUCUCUCGCCGGAAAAAUCCCAAAUCUUUCCUCAUGCACAUAUUUAACCCAUCUCAAUCUCAACAAUAAUCAUCUCUCCGAUCAAAUCCCUUCAUGGAUUGGACUUUUUUCUCACUUGGGUGAGUUGAAACUCUCUUACAAUAAGAUCUCCGGUCAUCUCCCGCCGGAGCUAUUCAAUUGCUCCAAACUUAUAACGCUUUGUCUUGAUAACAAUUUGCUCAACGGAACAAUUCCGGUCGAGAUCGAUAACCUUAAAUUCCUCACCAUCCUUAAUCUCGACAACAACCACCUGUCGGGAUGGAUUCCUCCUGUUAUAGGUAACUUGAUCAAUCUCAUUAGUUUAAAGUUAUCUAGGAACAUGUUCACCGGUGAAUUACCAGUGGAAUUAGGUCAAUUAUGGCAACUUGGAUCUAUUCUGGAUAUCAGUUACAAUAAUCUGACCGGCAGAAUUCCGGCUACCCUUUCGAAACUAACUCAAUUGGAAGCGAUCAAUCUUUCUCAUAACGGGUUCGUCGGAGUAGUACCAAAGGGAAUCAGUGAUAUGGGUCGUUUAUCUGCAUUUGAUGUUUCUUACAACAAUCUCACCGGUGAACUUGACUACGGAUUUUCGCAAUUUUCGGCCGAAUCAUUCAACGGAAAUGACAAUCUUUGCGGUGCCCAUUUCAAGAAAUGCGAAUCGGGCAUAAACAUGAAGAAUUGCGAACCGGGCAUAAACAUGAAGAAGUGCUUACAAUUGUCCAAUCCAUUCCAAUUUAAGGUGUUAUUCAUUUCGGCUACCGCGGUUUUCAUGUCCGUCCUUUUUUUCAUACUAUGUUUUGUGCACAUCAUCAAGAAUCGGAACGAAUUUGAGGAGAAAACAGACGGAAGUAACCGUUUCUCAUUUAAUUCGAUUUUCCGCAACAUAACCGCCUUCAACAAAGAUUUCAAUUUGAAAGAAAUAAUGACAUCAACUAGGAAUUUGAGCGAAGAAUUCAUUAUCGGGUCGGGUGGAUCCGGGACGGUUUACCUAGCCGAGCUUCUAAACGGGGAAAAGGUGGCGGUUAAGAAGAUGAGAAUAAAAGACGACGAGGUAAUAGCGAUGAGUUUUGCAAGAGAAAUGAAUACGUUGGGAACUAUCCGACAUAGGCAUUUGGUACAUUUAUUGGGAUGUUGUAACGAUAAAAUCUCACGUUGUCACUUGUUGGUAUAUAAGUUCAUGGAAAAUGGAAGCCUUUGGGAUUGGUUGCACAAAAAUGAAGAUCGGAAUUUGAAUUGGGCUACUAGGGUUAAGAUCGCGGUUGGUUUGGCUCAUGGAAUCGACUAUUUGCACCAUGAUUGCACUCCGCAAAUCAUUCAUAGGGACAUUAAAUCUUCUAAUAUCUUAUUGGACGGAGACAUGGAAGCUCAUCUAGGUGACUUCGGCUUGGCGAAAACAAUCACGGAGAAUCACGAUUCGCUUGAUUCGCAAUCAGACUCUUGUUUCGCCGGUUCGUAUGGCUACAUUGCACCAGAAUUUGCUUACUCAAAUAUUGCAUCGGAGAAAACGGAUGUAUACUCAAUGGGAAUUGUAUUGAUGGAGCUCGUAACGGGGAGAAUGCCAACAGAUGAUUUUGACACCGACAUAAAUAUUGUGAAAUGGAUAGAGACACGAAUCAAAGCGGCUGAUCAUUCGGAAAGAAAAGAACUAAUAGAUCCAAAAUUAGAGUUACUUAAAGACGAUGAUAAAACCGCCGCUUUUAAAGUUCUUGAUAUCGCAAUCCAUUGCUCUAAAAUCACACCUUCCCAUAGGCCAUCUUCAAGGCAGGUUGUCGAUCUCCUUUGUACUGUUGCAGGUCACCAGAUUUGA